UCUUUAACGUUAUCCCUAACCAAACAAAACUGAUCAUUAAAGUCCUGUAAAUAUGGAUCACAGGUCAGAGGGAGCCUGGCUCGGUCACUGGUGCUUUUACCUCCAACUCGGAGACAGUUUGUGGGUUCAACCCACCCCCCACGUCAGCAGCUCCAGCUCACAGUCCGGGCUGACAACAGCGACUUGUACUUAUAAUAAUAAUAAUCCUUGUAUUCAAUACGAUGACUUCUCAUGUCGGAACUACGUCUCAGGAUACACUGUGACACAAAGGAGACUGUAUUCCGUGGGUGAAACGCGGCAGCCGACUGCACACAUCAGUGUCCGCAAACAGCCACAUGUCCCAUAAACAGAACUGGAUGGAGCCCGGUCCUCUCGCUUGCGAGGCGGGAGCUCCAAAUACUAAAGGACUUCAAAUUGCAUCAUAUCAUGUUGACCCAGACAGUCUCUCUCAGAGGCUGAUAACAGUCACGGACAGUUAUAAGUCCUCGCGAUAACGUUAGCUCAUGAUUGUCUCUUGAGAGGAUUUGGACAGACAUCGAUGGACCUGGAUUUCUCACCCAGUGCUGGUGAAACUUGAACCUUUGACUGUCAGUGAGAACCACCCUCUGCCCCACCAACCCCAACUCCCCGUCCUGUCCUCUGCUGCCUCCAGGAACAUUCAAGACAAUUCCAUUAAUGCUAAAGUUUAGCUGAGAUUCCGAGAGAAAAGUAACUGUGUGACGGCGAGAUUAGCCAUUGCUUAAAUCCAACAAUUCUCCGAAAAGCCAAAUACACACACACAACGUCUCGGCCAAUAAGUCUCUGUAACCUGCUCCGUCACUCAGUCAACACCGACUCUCAGCCUCUCUCUCUCUCUCUCUCUCUCAUUCACCGACUCUCAGUCCACAACAGUCUCUCGGUCAUCAACAGCCUCGGAGUUAAGGUUUUCCACGAUGGGAUUUACUGACCUGCUGGAGAUGGUGGGGAGCACUGGAAGGUUCCAGAUGGUUCACGUCACGUUGCUGGCGCUGCCGGUGUUAAUGAUGGCCAGUCACAACCUGCUCCAGAACUUCGUGGCUGCCGUUCCUGAUCACCGCUGCCGUAUCCGUGCGGACGCCCUCGGCAACGCUUCCCGGCAAAGUCCCGGGAACGUGACGGGCGAAGUGCCGGCCGAGGAGCUGCUCCUGCCGGUGUUCAUCCCCCUGGACAGGGAGGGCCGCCCGGAGAGGUGCCGGCUGUUUGCUGAGCCUCAGUGGCAAUUCCUGGAUCCCAACCGCACCCACGAGGACGGCAGCUCCACCACACGGCCGUGUACGAAUGGAUGGCUGUACAGCCACGGGGACGUCACCAGCACCAUCAUCAGCGAGUGGGACCUGGUGUGUGAUCAGCGAUCUCUGAAACAGAUGUCACAAUCUAUCUACAUGAGCGGAGUAUUGGUGGGAGCCAUCGUAAUGGGCCAAAUGUCUGACAGGUUUGGACGCCGCCCUAUCCUGCUCUGGUCUCACUUACAGCUGGCGAUCACCGGAACCUGUGGCUCCUUCUCCUCGAGCUUCCCCCUGUUCUGUUUCUGGAGGUUCAUGUGCGGAGUGGCUGUGUCCGGACUCAUCCUCAACUCGUUCUCUCUCACGGUUGAAUGGAUUCCAACUAAAGUGCGGACGUCUGUGGCAACGCUGAAUAAUUACAGUUACACGAUUGGGCAGUUCCUCCUGGUUGGCUUGGCGUACGCACUAAGGAAUUGGCGUUGGCUACAGUUCGCAGUGUCCGCCCCCUUCUUCAUCUACUUCCUAUACUCCUGGUGGUUCCCGGAGUCGGCACGAUGGCUGAUAAUGAACGACAAAGCCGAUGUGGCCGUGAACCAGCUGAAGCGAGUGGCCAGGCUGAAUGGCAGGGAGGCCGAGGGCAGCAAACUCACAGCCGCGAUUGUUAAGUCACAUAUGGAAAAAGAACUUUCAAAAUGCAAGACUGGUUACAGUGUGACCGACCUGUUCCACACCCCCGUCAUGCGAAGGACGGCCUGUUGCACGAUGGUAGUUUGGUUCUCAGUGAGUUUCGCCUAUUAUGGAUUAUCCAUAGACCUGCAAGGUUUCGGGGUGAACAUUUAUCUGAUUCAGAUGAUCUUCGCUGCUGUUGAUAUUCCAGCUAAAUUGGUUGGUGUCGCUACCAUGAGUCUGAUUGGGCGACGGUUUACUCAGGGCUCGUCUCUCAUCUUGGCCGGCACCAUUAUCAUCAUCAACAUCUUCAUUCCUCAAGAAAUGAGCAAUUUACGCACCUCAUUCGCUGCGAUUGGGAAAGGAUGUCUUGCAGCUAGUUUCAGCUGCGCCUAUUUACACGCAGGAGAACUGUACCCUACUGUGGUCAGGCAGACAGGGAUGGGGCUGGUCAGUUCGAUGGCCAGGAUUGGAUCCAUGGUGGCCCCGCUGGUGAAGAUGACUGGUGAUUACGUUUCCUUUUUGCCGAUGGCAAUAUACGGUGGAGUUGCCGUCCUCGCUGGGAUUGUGGCCUUUUUCCUCCGGGAAACGUUGAACAUUCCUUUGCCAGAAUCGAUUGAGGGGGUGGAGAGCAGCUGGAAAAAAAAGAUGCAAAAGGAAAGCGAGCCCAAGAAUGAGGAGAUCUCUCUGCGGGAAACACCUCCCCCCUCGCUGAUGACACAGACUAUCUGACCCUAUGUGACCUCUCUAUUUCACACUCUGAGCUCUGUCCCCCCGUGACCUCUCUCUCUCUAUCUCUCUCUCACUCAAAGCUGCCUGGUCACAUUUCACAGCUCGACACACAAAUACCAAUCGCACUUUCUAUCCCAAAUUAAUAAAUCACUGAGUAUCUAAACAUUAAUAUCACUGUUUAUUAUUAAUAAAAAAUCUAUGUAUUUGA